CGGGAGGUGGUUGCCGGCGCCGGUGUGAGGGGAAGCGCGGGAGCCGUCGCCAUGACCUCUGCUUUGGAGAAUUACAUCAACCGUACUGUUGCAGUAAUUACUUCUGAUGGAAGAAUGAUUGUGGGAACCCUCAAAGGUUUUGAUCAGACCAUUAACUUGAUUUUGGAUGAAAGCCAUGAACGAGUGUUCAGUUCUUCACAAGGAGUUGAGCAAGUAGUGCUGGGAUUAUACAUUGUAAGGGGUGAUAACGUUGCUGUCAUUGGUGAAAUUGAUGAAGAGACAGAUUCAGCUCUUGACUUGGGGAAUAUUCGAGCAGAACCUUUAAACUCAGUUGUGCAUUGAAAAAAUGAAAAUGCACAGGGACUUUGUAAAUCUUUGGUUGUACAGACCUAUUUAACAACGUGGAUAAUUUUUACAAAUUGUGUUUAAUUUGUUUAGUCACCAGUUUUUUAUUAUGAAUAUGUUGUAGUUUUUGCAUGUAAAUUAAAGUUUCUACGUUUUACUAAAGAU